AUGGAUAUCGACUUGCCACAGUCUAGGGGUGCCAGGCCGGGUUUCGCAGACUGCUACAGGCCCCAUCCAUCACCCGCUCCAACGAGAGAUCCCCGGAGACCUAGUCCGAGGCCGAAUAUAAGACCACCACCAUCCGUCUCACGUCCCCCGAAACCACUGGGGACAUCUACCUUGGGUGGCCCUGGCCCAUCGGGAGCUUCUUCAGCCUCCACAAAUCCUAACACUCCAACCCUACGAAUCACCACAACAAACGCACCCACCCCAAAUCGGCCGGCACUAAAUGACCCUCCCUCAAGUCCCCAGGCAGCCGUGUCCCUCUUGGACGUGAUAACAUCAGUGAUAAAAGCCGACAAAUGUCAACAGGAGAAAGACAGACUAGAGAAGGAAAUACCCACUUUCGAACGGAAUCUUCAAAAAGCCAAACAAUCCCAAGUCUUCCCUGGUGCUAUCUCUUUGUACCAGCAACAGCUGGACGCAGCAAAAGAUGAGUUGGCCAAGCAAACAGAUAUCAUCGAGCAAAGUCGGUUGGUGUCAAGCAAAGCCCAGGAGAUUUUGCUUAGUCAUUGGUCUCAGCCAAAGGCUCAGCCUGAGAUCAAAAAGAUAUCAGAAAGGAUUGAGAAGAUGGAGUCACAAAUGCGGGAUCUGAAGACUCAAGCCCCGCGAUCUGCCUCCAAGUCAAGCGUUCCGGACGAUAAACUUAAGGCGAUCAACCACAACAUCUCAAAGCUUCGAGAACCCGAUGCCUCGACGACCAACAAUCUCACCAACAUUCACGGGCGAUUAGAGACAGUCGAAACCGCACUCUCAACAAUUCAAAGAAAAUCCGAGGUCCCAUCUGGAACGAUGGAGGUUCGUGUGCAAAAACUAGAAAAGUCGAUACAUUCGCACUCUGUCCGAUUAGGGCGCAAUGACGUUUCGAGCACCAAACCUUACAAGGAUCUUGAGGCGAACGUUUCCGAGCUUCAGGGCAAGGUAUCCAAGCUUCAGGGAAAUCUUAAUAAGCUUGAAAGCAACAACUCCAGGCUUGACAGCGACUUGAAAAUGGUCGACAAGAAACAUCAAGACAAAAUCUCUGGUGUUAAUAACGAACUUAAAAAAGCCAACAAUGAGCUGAGCGGGAGGGUAUUUCCCCUUGAGCACCAAGUGACACUCCUCAAAUCCCAACAACGCUCUGCCAGCGGUGGCGCACCUUCUGGGACACCUGAAGAUUCCUCAUCUUUCAGGAACCAUAGAUUGUCCUCCUUGGAGCAAGAAGUCCAGGCACAAGGAACCACAAUCCAGGGAAUCAUGAAAAUCCACCAGGAUGUGCAAGACGAGUAUUUCGCAGAGCUAGAGAAAUUGAAAACGUCCAUCGAUUCGCUAAAAGAGGAACACGAGAAGACCAAACAAGAUGUGACCAGGAUCGACCAGAAAAAUGAGGACCUGAUCAAAGAACUGGGAACUAUUCAUGCGAGCAUUGGUACACUUCACAACUUUUGUACGAAAGUUGAAACCGAUCUUUCGGAAUCAAACCGGCAACUUCGAACCGAGCUAGAUAAUUAUCGCAGUGCUUGCGCAGGGUCUAUCGAGGGACUUGAGAAAAAGCUGGACAAUUAUCGCAGUGAUUUGACGGCGUCUGUGGACAAAAUACGAAGCGAUCUGACCACGUAUUGCAGCAGUUGUUCAAUGAUGAUUAACCGGCUCCGGAAUGACUUGAACGAAGCUUCGAAGCUCAUAGAAACAAUGACACCCGCUUUCCAGGAAGCGAAAAAAUGCACCAGUCUUCUUACAAGUCACAGCGUUUCCCUUCGAUCGCUCGAGAUGCGAUGGUCAAACAUCACUACCGGUGAUUUAGUCAAGUCCAUGUCGGAUGCUAUGCUUGAAAUGAGCCCCUUGGUUAACCUCAACCAAAUGGUUCAAACGCAUGUAACUGAGACCAGAAACAAAUUUGCCGCUCUCACGGCAGAUAUCGCUCAAUUGCAGCAGCCAUCUCAAUUGUCUCCCGAAGAUAAAAAUGCACUGGCAGCGUAUCCAAGUAUGUUGGAGAAGAUGAACAGCCUUUCGCGGCGUGUCGAUGCAAUGCAGACAGCUCUCGAUCACCUUUCCAUCCUUGCGAAAGAUAUGGACAACUUUCAGCAGCCAUCACAAUUGUCUCCUGAAGACAAAAAGGCACUGGCACAAUUUCCAAAGAUCUUCGACACGGUGACCACCAUCUCGCAAAGUUUCGGUCCGAUGAAAGAAUCGCUCGAUCACCUUUCCACCCUUGCAAAUGAUGUUGCCAUCUUACAGCAACAAUCGCAAUUAUCUCCUGAAGACAAAAAUACACUGGCACAACUGGCACAAUACCCAAAAAUGUUGGAGAGAGUGACCGACCUCUCACAACGUGUCGAGCUCAUGGAGCACAUUUUCAAUCAGCACACACCCAACUUACAAAAGCUGCUGCAGGAAAUGAGUAAUUUGUCCAAUAAGGUCACAGCUAACGAGGAGAUGAUCUUUAGUGUUGGUGCCAAAUUUGAUGACUUGGACCCCGCAGAGCCCUCUGCAGAACUCAUUGAAUCUAUGAAAAAGAUUGAUCCGUUGAUCGCUAAGGUUGACGGCCAUAUCUUACAAUUGGAACAAGUGCAAAAAGAUGUUGCCGAGUUCAACAGAGCAGAAGCCGAGCGCUGUAAUGCGGAUCUACAGCAUCUCACAGAGAUCAACACACGAUUAUCAGACCUGGAAGUCAAUAUUCCACAACGAGAGGAAAUCCAACAUCUGCUCGCAGAAGCGGAAGGUGCUAAAUUACGGGAUGAGGUGCUAGAACACCGCUUGGCGAACCUGGGAUCCAAGGCUGAGGGAAUAGGACACCAGCUGGCAGACCUCAAAGCCACUAAGCUUCUUACUGAAGAACUUAAGAGUGAACUCGACUUCCUUAGUCCUAAAAUCGCAGAGCUUGAGACCCAAUACCAAGCCAUCGAAGACGACGGUAUCAAGUUGACAGAUGACCAAUUGAAACGCUUGCGGGAACGGCUGGCCGGUGAGCCGAUCCAUAACAUGCUUCACCGUUUACGGAAAGCCGAGGACAACAUCAAACAAGCUCUCAGCAAUGCUGACCGUCCGCUAGAGGUGCUUGCUCUCAAAAGGCCAAGCAACGACACCUCUAGCCCAGCCAAAGCCUUCGCUCCUACAAAGCCCGGUCUGUCGUCUGGAGCGUCAAGCGGCUCAGAGUGUAGAACAUCGUCACUCAAAAAGCCCGAAAAUCAGCAAGUUCAAUCAUUGAAAGCGGGCAAGCGGCGUCACUCUUCUGGGACGCCCUCAGAGGACGAAAGAAGCACACCAGGCCCUUCCUCUAGGGCUUCUUCACCAGCACCUAGCAUUUCUUCGGGCUUUGGCAAAAAGGAGAAGAAGGAGAUGAAGGCUAAGAGGAAAUCAGGGAGAGAGGGAGAGAGAGAAACGAGAGAAAGCUCCGUGACAAAGCCGAAAAAGAAAAAGCAAAAGCAUGAGGCCCAAGCCUAG